CGGAGCAAGAUGGAUGGACAGUCACUGAGGGAAUUUUUUUUUUUUUUUUUUUUUUUUGUUUCCCUUCUCAUUAGUUGCGGAGUAGUGCUAGCAAACGAGCCUGGGUGUGCGCUUCAUUUGGACUUUGUUCCUGUUGUUUGUGUUGAAAAAUGACUCCCGUGACUGGAUCCUGGAGCGGCCAAGUUGUGUACAUUCGGGAAUGACGCGAAAAAUCGAGUUUGGUAAACUUCCUCGAAUGGCGUUUUUCUCGAGAUAAUCGUUUUUAAGGUGGCUACAUUCGCCCUCGUUCCCUAAUGUCAGUGUGCUAAAACUAGCCGCUGAGCUCGUUUCCUCUCCUCCACGUUGUUCUGUUGAUGUCUCGUCUGUCAUGCCGAGGCGGCCCUCAUUCAUGUGAUGAGGUUCGGUGGCACACAUGACACGAUGGCAUCGAGAGAGGUUUUGCUCAACUGGUGCAGCCAAACGUGCGCCACGUACCCACGAGUGGAAAUCACCGAUUUGUCCAGCUCGUUCCGAGACGGACUCGCGUUUUGUGCCAUCAUCCACAAACACCGCCCAGAUCUGAUAGAUUUCAAAUCCCUCUGCAGAGGCAAUGUUUAUGAAAACAACCAACUGGCCUUUGAGGUUGCGGAGACAAAGCUCGGCAUCCCUGCGUUUCUGGUCCCGAAAGAAAUGCUUGCCACCGAGGUGCCUGACCAUUUGAGUGUCAUCACCUACCUCUCCCAGUAUUACCACUACUUCAGCGGGUUAUCCAGCGCCGGUCCUUCCAGUUCGAGGUCAUCACACAUCAAUUUGCCACACAAGCAAUUAGCCACUCUGCCUGCCGGUGAAAAUAAUCAUUGUGUUGACACAAGUCUCCUCAAUGUGUGUCACAUUUGUAUCAAACCUGUUCAUCUUAUUCAGAGAUAUGUAAUCCGCGGAGAGAUCUGGCAUCGCAGUUGUUUCAAAUGCAGUGUGUGCCACUGCACCCUUGCGGCAGGCUUCUACACUCCAGGAAAAGAUGCCGGCUGUUUCGUUUGCUCGGACCACAUAACGGAUGGUCCGAAGAACCCAUCUGAUGAGAAGUUUGAGUUAUGUGAAGAUUGCACGUCUCUUGAUGGAUUGAAGCUCAUCGGUGUCACUCAGUGCUCGGAGGAAAUAAAGUCACGUGAUGGACCGGUUUAUGAACCAGUGGCGAGAGAGCAAACAGCACAGAACGAGUCAUCUGACACACAGAGAAACAUGUCAAAGCCACCGUCUCCUCAACUUGUCCCGGUAAGCGCUGUAGAGACAAGUGAUGGCAAGGAGGAAUUGCUGUCGGUUGUGGCAGGAAACUGCGAGCAGAAGGAAGAGGCAAAUACUGAAGAGCCCUCGGAGUCAUCAUCACCUUGGAUACAAGCGACUGGAGGAGGUAAGCAGCUGGAACCUGAACAGAUGUCAGUUUCUGUCUCUGGGCCCGAGAAUCAUCCUUCCCACACACUGAGCAGCACUUCAGGUAGUUCCAGUGUUGAAAGUCAGUCUUCCGCUUUUUCAUCUCGCAUCAGAACUACGAAACAUCCUGUGAAAAGCAACCAUCCGUGGCUAGGAAUCAUCCACCCCGGACCUUGGACACAACUGCCUCCCGUUCAAUCCCCCGGGCCCCCCAUGCAUUCUAAACGUGGUCCGAACGGGCAGUUUUAUUGGUACAGACCAAGAGUGCCUCCUCCCAAUCCUUUUGGUGAGGACCUGGACGAGGAGGAUGGGGUCAAAACCGAGCCACAUCUCAAACACACUCACGUUGGAGUUAGCCGUCAGCAUAGUUGCUCAGAUUUGGGAAAAAACAGUGCCCUCCCAACGACCUCUGAUGUCCAAGAAAGAGUAAACAGUAGCACCGUUUUAUCAAGAAGUCUUUCUGUACCGGCUGUCAAAUCUGCAAAGGUUCCUUUUGACAUAACGGAGGAUAACAAACCGCUCUCCUCAUCACAAAUGAAGCAGGUUUGCAAAGAGAAGGACCAUUUUGAUGCAAAAACGGAAAUGCCCAAAUCAAGUACGUGUCAAGCUCUCACAUCUGGACGGACCCCCGCUCCUGGACAUGGCUUCCCACUCAUUAAAAGGAAGGUGCGGGCGGAUAAGUAUGCACCUUCUUCAGAUCCGAAGGUGGAGACAAGACAAGUGAAAAAACAGCUCGAGGCACUGGAGGAAAGAGGCGUAGAGCUGGAGAUAAAUCUCAGACAGUGCAAGAAUGACAAAGAGGAAGAACAUCUGGUGAAUGAAUGGCUUGAUCUUACCCACGAGAGACAAUUUCUGAUUCGGCGAGAUACCGAGCUAGUUUAUCUGACGAAACAGCAAAAGUUGGAAGAGAAACAGGCAGACGUGGAGUAUGAGCUUAGACGUCUCCUCAAUAAACCAGAGAGCGUCUGGAGUCAAGAAGAUCGAGGUCGAGAGCAGUGUCUGAUGGCCGAGCUGCUUGUCAUCAUCGAGCAGAGGAACCAGAUUGUUAGCAUUUUAGAUCAAGACAGGAAAAGGGAGCGAGAAGAAGAUGCAAUUUUGGGAGAGAUGACCAAGAACCAAGAGAUCCAGAAAGAAGGAGUGAAAGAGCUCAAGAAGUCAAAAGGAAAGUUCAAGCCUUCAAAGGUCUUUAAGAAGUUGAACAAGAAAGGCGAGCGCACCAAAGACCCCUUGGACAAAAAGAGCUGAAGCGCUGCAAGACCCGGCCAGAUUUAAUGCAAGCAACAAUUCCAAGACCACAAUUUAACUUCAUCUUGUUCAUGACGAUGCGUCGUCCCAGUUUACUAUGAAGUAUGGUUCGACUGUAAUCUGAAUGCAAAUUAAGUUUCACACUGAGGAAUGCAUCACAGUCACAAGUACAGCUUUUGUGUCAGCCUAAUAGCAUAAUUGCCCGUCAAUUACAUGUUUUUAACAAGAAAAACCAACAAAUCCCCCAAACAAAGUGAGUCCAGUUACUGCAUUUAUUUUUUGUUUCCAUUUUUUUUCCAAAUUUCUGCCGUGACAUGGAUGAGUAAGUAUUUACAUGCACAUAAAGAAAAAAAGCCAAUUUUUUUUCAGGAAGAAAAUGUACAUUUUUAUUUAUAUUGUGACUGUAAGUUUAAAAUGACAUGGGUAAUUAUGCACUCUAUGUAACUAUCAGUAAGCAAGUUUUCUCACCAAUAUAAGUGCAUCUCAUUAAAUUAUAAUACUGUAUCAUGAAACUCGUAAUUUCAAUUGUUCAAUUCAAAGACAGAAACUCAUAUUACAGACUGUCACGCCAUUAUUUUAUUCAUCAAAACCUUUCAGAUAGUGUAAAGCAAACACAAAUGUCACCAUCUCAGGGAAUUUGAGUAUUAAAUUAGUUCAAUAAAAUGUCUGAAUAGUAUGUUCUCAUGUGUUUUGUUGUAUAAUACGAAUAUCACUUUUUUGGGUCUGUGCAGUAGGUUUAAUGUACUUUUAUACGAUGUUCAGUUUUUUUUCAAGACACUUGUAUGCGAGAGAAGAAAAUAAUAAAUAUGUACAUAAAUGUU